AUGUCCGCUCGCCAGCGCCGUCACACUGAACGACAACAUGACGACGCCAGUGGGAGUUCUCCAAGCAUACCAGCUGCGACUGCCACGAUCCUUGAGAAACCCCCUCAGGCAAUCAGGAGGCUUUGCCACUGGGACGACCUUCCGCACUGGCAACGCGAUAACCACCAUAUCCAUACUGGAUACCGACCGGCAUCAUUUUCCUUCCUGAUUUCCUUUCAGUCUUUGACCUAUAUCCAUAAUGAGACAGUCAACAUCUAUUCGCAUUUGCUGCCCUCCCUGCUGGCUAUUCCGGCGGCGGUCGUUCUCUACCGUGCUUUAGAGCCUCGUUAUGAAAGUGCUGCACAUUCCGACAUUGUUGUAUUUGCCUGCUUCUUUGCUGGUGCCGCGUUUUGCCUGGGGAUGUCUGCAACCUACCAUACCAUCUCGAAUCACUCUCCAGCUGUAGCGCGGGUAGGCAAUGCGCUAGAUUACGUCGGCAUCGUGGGACUCAUCGUAGGCAGUUUUGUCCCAAGCAUCUACUACGGGUUCUACUGUCACCCGAAUCUUCAGAAGCUCUACUGGGUGAUGAUCUGUACCAUUGGGUUGGGCUGCGCGUGUGUCUCUGUGCUCCCCAAGUUCCGGACGCCGGGAUGGCGCCCUUUCCGGGCCGCGAUGUUUGUCGGCAUGGGGUUGUCGGCGGUGUUUCCCGUGCUACAUGGACUGCAGAUGUUUGGAAUCAACCAGAUGGCGCGCCAAAUCGGCCUUGGCUGGCUCUUGCUUCAAGGUCUGCUCUACAUUCUCGGCGCAACAAUCUAUGCAGCUCGAGUUCCUGAGCGUCUUCUGCCGGGAAAGUUCGAUAUUCUGGGCAGCUCACAUCAAAUCUUUCAUGUGCUGGUCGUCUGUGCUGCUGUGGCUCAUCUGACAGGUCUGUUGCGUGCAUUUGAUUACUGGCAUAGUGGCCUUGCAGAAACAUGUGCUUGA